AUUAAGCUAUAAAUAAAAUAACUCACCAAGAUGUCGUAUAUGCUCCCACAUUUACACAAUGGCUGGCAAGUGGACCAGGCCAUUCUAUCCGAGGAGGACCGUGUCGUGGUUAUCCGAUUUGGUCAUGAUUGGGACCCCGCCUGCAUGAAAAUGGACGAGGUGAUGUACAGCAUAGCCGAGAAAGUAAAGAAUUUCGCGGUCAUCUACCUGGUGGACAUCACAGAGGUGCCCGACUUCAACAAGAUGUACGAGUUAUACGAUCCCUGCACGGUUAUGUUCUUCUUCCGCAACAAGCACAUCAUGAUCGAUUUGGGCACUGGCAACAAUAACAAGAUCAACUGGCCACUGGAAGACAAGCAGGAGAUGAUCGAUAUUGUGGAGACAGUGUAUCGAGGCGCCCGCAAAGGCAGGGGUCUGGUUGUUUCCCCCAAAGACUACUCCACCAAGUACAGAUACUAAGCCGUCAUCUCAACAAGGUCCAUGAUUUUAGUGUAAUAUUUCCAAUCCCAUUAGAAUUACAAAAUAAAAACGACUGUGUCUGACCAA